GUAACGUCGAGAUCGAAUGAUUUGCCCCCAAGGAAGAAAAGGAAUAGAAAUGGAAAUAAUUUCUCAGGUGGAGGCUUUCUCGUGGUGCUCGGGAACAGCGUAUGGUCGAUGUCCAUGGCGGUUUGGAAUCACCCGCAGGUAUUCGUACCUUCCACCCUCGCGCCCGUAUCCCCAUUCCUCCCCUCCCCUACUCGCUCCGCGUUCCGCGCUCCAGAUCUCGACGAUCCCUUCGCCCGUCUUCACUGCUCCGCUGACUCGAUGCCUUCUCCGCCGGCCCUGGCGCGGAACAUUCUGGUCACCGGCGGUGCCGGCUACAUCGGCAGCCAUACCGUGCUGCAGCUCCUCAAGGGGGGCUACCGCGCCGUCGUGGUGGACAACCUCGACAACUCCUCGGAGGUCGCCCUCGAGCGGGUCAGGGAGCUCGCGGGGGAGUUCGGCAAGAACCUCGCCUUCCAUCGGAUUGAUCUUCGAGACAGAGAAGCACUAGAGAAAGUUUUUUCUGCAACCAAAUUUGAUGCUGUUAUACACUUUGCUGGAAUAAAGGCUGUUGGCGAAAGCGUUAGAAAGCCUUUACUUUAUUACAACAACAACCUCAUUGGCACAAUAAUUCUCUUUGAAGUAAUGGCUGCUUACGGAUGUAAAAAGCUGGUCUUCUCAUCAUCAGCUACAGUUUAUGGGUCGCCGAAGAAAGUACCUUGUACAGAAGAUUUUCCUUUAUGUGCAAUAAAUCCGUAUGGACAAACUAAGCUUAUGACCGAGGAUAUAUGUCGUGAUAUGUGUCAAGGUGACAGUGACUGGGAUAUAAUAUUAUUAAGAUACUUCAAUCCCGUUGGAGCUCAUCCCAGUGGAUACAUCGGUGAAGAUCCUCGUGGAGUUCCCAAUAACCUCAUGCCAUUUGUGCAGCAAGUUGCUGUUGGAAGGAGACCUGCCCUUACAGUAUUUGGGAAUGACUAUUCAACCAAGGAUGGUACAGCGGUAAGGGAUUACAUUCAUGUUGUUGAUCUAGCAGAUGGACAUAUUGCAGCCCUACAGAAACUCUUUGAGGGCUCUCAUGUAGGAUGUGAAGUCUAUAAUCUAGCAACUGGAAAGGGAUCUUCUGUCUUGGAAAUUGUGGCAGCAUUUGAGAAGGCUUCUGAGAAGAGAAUCCCUUUGAUCUUGGCCGGAAGGCGACCUGGUGAUGCUGAAAUUGUUUAUGCAUCCACAGCCAAAGCAGAGAAGGAGCUACAUUGGAAGGCAAAGUAUAGCAUUGAAGAGAUGUGUCGAGAUCAAUGGAACUGGGUUAGCAAGAAUCCUUGGGGAUACAGAUUGCCGGAGACCACUAACGGAAAUGGAAAGUGCGCUACUUCGCAAUAAUACCAGCUCUUUAGCAGACGGAGAAAGAUCACCACAUGACAAUUUGAUAUAGAUGUGGCAUAUGUCGGUCCAGCUGAUAUAUCAUGUGAAUAAACAUGAUUCUAUCAUCAAAGACACAGCAGAGAUAACUUUUAUCUCUGUGAGUUCCAUUCUUUUUCCCCCUGUUGCCUGCCAUGCAUCAUCUAGGCUAUUUAAGCACAACAUGUGUAUAUGGCUAUCUGUUCAUUCUUUUUUGUUCAUGCUUGAGCGGACUUAGCUUCCUUAGCACCCAUUUGAUACGGAUGCGUGAUGUAUGUUAUUUGAUGCGGAUGUAGAUUAUUGUUUCAGUGUGCUGUGUCAAAUCUGAUCAUCUGAUGUAGAUGACAUUCCACU